GAUGUUUCCAUUGCCUUUUUGAUUUGGAUGGUACUUUGAUAAUCUAUGCUCAAAGAGGCUACUUUCCAAGAGAUAAAUACAGGAGAAGGUGCUUUUUGCUUAGUCCUGGCACCGAAAGUUUUGAAUUGCAAAUCUGGAAAUUGAAUUCAACUACUGAGUUCUGAUGUGUAUAAAGCUUGCCUGUGUGCAGAUGCUGACUGGAAUGGAAUUCAUUUCAUUCUUUACUGUGCACUGGAGAGAAGUCAGAAGCGUUUUCCACAAAGGCUCUUCUCCAAUUCUUGCUAACGAAACAAAUGAUAUUUUCAGUCUGGCAGCCAAAGCAAUUGCAUACACUAUAUUAAGGUAUAGGAAGUCAAAAGCUAUUCUUCUGAGUAGUUAUAUGAAGGACACCGCUCAUGUUAUGGACAACUUUCAUGUGCCCUUACUUUUAGAAGCAUGGAAGCCAAUAUCAUUUGUUCACAAGAGAAGGUGGUGGGAAUGCGUAGCAUUGCCAGAGGAUGUCAAUCCGUCUGAGGAAGCUGCAUUUAGGAUGGAAAUUAAAGAGCUUGCCUUUACGGCAAAGAAAUUUCUUCUAGAUGUUGCAUCUUAAGACAAUUAUAUUGCAUAUUUUAGCUAACCUUGCUUUUAGUUGUUUGCUGCGUGAUAGUGAAAUUAUGAAUGUGAACCUCCAUUUAGUGACUGAUUGGAGAUUUGAUAUUGAAAAGAAAAGA